AUAAAUUAAAAUUGCACAAACUAAUGAACUAAAGCAUCUCCAUCACCGGCGCAUCAAAAGCAAUAGCAGAACCCCACUCUCCGCCGUCACACUUCAGCCAUGGCGACGCUAAAAGAGAUCUUAACACGCCGCCCUAUCUCAGCCACGAUCCGUCUCACCGUCGAUGCCGGAGCAGCUAAGCCCGGCCCACCAGUAGGACCGGCCCUCGGUCAGUACAAGCUGAACUCCAUGGCAUUCUGCAAGGACUUCAACGCUAGGACACAGAAGUUCAAGGCUGGAACACCAAUGGCGGUGACUAUAACCGCAUUCAAGGACGGGACUUUCGAUUUCAUUGUUAAGUCUCCGUCAGUAACUUGGUACUUAAAGCAGGCUGCUGGAAUUGAUCUGGGAAGUGGCCGACCGGGCCAUGUAACGGCGUCGACUUUAACCCUAAAGCACGUUUAUGAAAUUGCUAAAAUCAAGCAGAGUGACCCCUUUUGCCAGUACAUGCCUUUGGAGUCAAUUUGUAAGUCUAUUAUUGGGACGGCGAAUUCUAUGGGGAUUAAAGUUCAGAAAGAGCUGGAUUGAUUGAAACAUACUGAACCUUCGUGUGGGUAUUUCUGUAUCUUUUUUUUUGUAAGAUUUGGAAAUGAGAGUGAUAAAGUUGUUUAAAGCAAUGAUUUUGUUGUGUAAGGAAGCAUGAUAUGGAUUAUGGAUGUUUUCAAAGCAAUAAAGAUAGCUUUUUCUGAA